GCAUUUGUGCUGAAUUCAGAAGAAGAAAACGAGGAGAUUAAUGAUGAUAGAACCACGAAAAGAUCUGUCUUAAUUUGCUUCCUUGACAAAGCCCAACCUCUGAAGAUUCCUCGUGUCCUCCUCUUACCGUCGUUUCCUUCGAUAAGGUCGUGUGGCAACAAAGUUUUAAGUUUUAUCCAACUGACAAGUGUCAUCAUCAGCCCAAUUAAGCAAGCAACCACAAGAGCUGACCCUCGACAGUUUCUGACCAAAUUCUAUGGAAACCACCCCAUGCACCAAAGCCUUAAUUUCUAGCUUUGUUUUUGCAACCAUGAGUAUCAUCGAAUACCUCAAACUAGCAUUCGCAAAUUUUGCUGAGAUCGUUACACAGCAUCAUCAUCUAGCUGUUCUGAAAAACCGCGGCAGCAAUGAGGUAUAAGAAUGACAAAUCGGAGGAAGGAAGCUCGAGCAAACAAUUGGACAUCAUAGUGACUCCAAAGAGAGGCAGCUGCGAUCAAUCGGAGAGCUUCGGUUCUGGCAUUUGGGAACCACGCCUUAUUGAUCAGACCCCGACCCCGAGCACACAAGAAGGGAAUGAUGCCAAUACCGCAAGAAGAACCCAGGCACCCGAAAAGAAGCUGACCCUCUUUGCGUUUCGUCUGGCUAUCCUCGAGAAAGCUGCCAGCGGGCUCGGAACGCUAGCAUUCAUUUUGGGCCACCGUCCUCCUUUUCUCGGUGGCUUUGCUCUGAAGCUAAAGAGGGAGGACUUGUGGUAUGUGACCAUAAUUCUCAGCACUGAAGGCACUAGAGUCUUCAGCCGGAGCAGCGAGCUCGAGUGGCACCACCAGGCAACGUGGACUCUCGGACGGGUUGGGCGGAACAGCUUCCGAUCGAGCACUCAAAUCCGGCUCCCGUUAUGUUCAUCGUGUGGUGAAGGCAAUAUUCAACCCACUUUCUGUGAUCCAGUCAGAAGGGCCGGCGAAGGCGAUCGUGGUCGGACCAGAGGGAAAGUGGAGGAUCUUCCAAUCAAGUCAAAGUCAAACGUUACACUACGCCGCAAACACGGCAACCUCACGGCGUUCCGCUGGUCCAAUGUGCAGGCUGGGCCUUGCUGUCAAAGGACAUGGUAAAGGCCCUUCGGUGGCUUCAAAUUCUUUCAGCCAUUGCCUCCGUGAUCCUCUCAUCGGUGCGUCUCACUAAGCAGGACUACGGCGAGGUACAAAAGGAAACCAGGAACAGGAGACCAGCGCUGAACUUAUUCUAUGCACUGUCAUUGGCGGAAGCCGUUCUGUUCCUUCUGGAGAAAGCCUACUGGACGUGGAAGGUCUCCUGCAGCGAGUUGCUCGAGCGAGUUAGCCAGGAUUGUAAACUCGGGUCUUCUGGGCUAGUAUCAAUGAGAAGAUUCUUCUACGAUUCGUACUCAAAUAAUAAGAGUAUAACGGGAAGCAUCUUUGAGGGCUUACAGAUGGACCUUGUUACAUAUGCUGAGGAGCUAUUAGACUCUGAUCUCUCCCAUGAGCAAUUGGACGGGGCCCAGAUUCUUCAAAAUUUUGUGGAGAGCGAUGACUACGCUUUUGACACACUAAGGAAGAUCGGGACUUCCAGGAAGGUGAUGGAGAGAUUAAUUGAGAUGCUGAACUGGAAGAACCUGGCAGAAGAAGACAUAAGAAGAUGCGCGGCAGAAAUUGUUAAAAUGCUUGCAGGAAAGAAGCAAAAUAUGCUUCGUGUCGCUGGGAUACCAGGGUCGAUGGAAUCUGUAUCGUCAUUGUUGCAUACUGAACGGAGCACCACUGAGGGAUCCUCCAGGACUGAUCAGAGUUCGACAACAACAGCUGAAGAAACAAACUAUGAUUUCUCAUCAUUCAAUCUUCUCGCUCUGCAAAUUCUUACGAAGCUUGCUAACAAUCAUGACACCAGCGGAAAGAUAGGAAAUGCACGAGGCCUCCUGUCCAAAGUGAUAGAGUUGGCAAAUGCUAGCCAAUAUUUGCUAACUAACGAGCACGCAACAGAGUCCCAGAUCAAAACAGUAAGGAAAGCACUACAAGUGAUCAAGAUGCUGGCGAGCACGACUGGUAACACCGGUAAAAUGUUGAGGGAGGUAAUAUUAGAUAACGUCUUCGCGGUGAGCCACAUGCGGAGGAUCUUGCAGUAUGGAGAGAGCCACAUGGAUUUGCAGAGGCUGGCAAUUGAGAUCCUCACAAACCUUGCCAUGGACGAGGCAUCGAAGGAAAGGAUUGCGACGGCUGGGGGGAUUAUAAAGUUGCUGCUAUCUAUCUUCACGAAACCAGGUAUCGAGAAUCAGAAUUCAGUGAGUGAGGAAGCUGGUGAGGCGCUAGCGAUGUUGUCACUAGAAAAUCAAAACAAUUGUGCUCUGAUCUUGAGGGAGAAAGGUGUCGUGAAGAAGCUCAUCAGUGCAUUAAGUAACCAGGUGCUCCAGCUAAAUGCUUCGAGGAUAUUGCAAAACUUGUGUGCUUACUCCAGAGCUGAAUCCUUAAAUCGCCUUAAUGGAGUCAUUGAAGCCAUGCCCACUGUGUUGAAAGCAACAAUGACUCAACCUGACAAGCUACUAGAGGUUUCGCUGGGUCUCACUGUACAGAUCUGCAAAUUAUUGGGACCAGAAGGCUUUGCGCAGGAAUUUGAAAAAGCUGACUAUACUGAGACCGGCUUUGUGGAGAAGCUGAUUACAAAUACUGAAGCAAUACAACAAGCACCCAGAAAUCAAAGUUCCGAGAAUAAGAAGGUUUGCCAUUGAACAAGCGAUUUGGAUGAUGAAAUCUCAGGCGUGCUACGUAGAAUUAUUUAGAAAAUUUGAGUUGGAGAAACUUCUGGAGUCGGUGGCAGAUACCACAUCGGACCUCGAGUGCUUAAUUCCAUGUUUUCUCCGGCAGUGUGGGACUGAGCCAGCACAGAGAAUCUGUGUCUUCUCUUGUAGAAGAGGCAUUGAAGUUGCUUACUGAUGGUGGUUCAAGCCAAGAGGUAUAAAGCAAGUCUAUUACUCCUAUAUUACAGCAGUUAUAGUCAAUCACGCUGUGGCGCGAGAAUACCGCAAUCUAGUCCAUUUUUUAAACCUAAAAUCGAGCACAAUUGAGUUAUUUAACCCUUUCUUUCGGAAACUUUUGGAUGCAACAUUCUCAAACAAUUUUAUUUAUUUAUUUCUUUAUUUUUUGGGUUCAUGCAUUAAAUUUCUUGCAAUAUGAAUAUAUACUUCAAUUCUUUCGUCUUUAAUUUCUCACUAAAAUAGUCCAAUUGGAAUUUCAUUUAUUUGCUUCCUCCCAUCGUUCUCCGAGGAUGGGAUAUAUUAAUAUAUAUCAGCGACAUCCUAAUACUUGAAUAUACCGAAGAUAUCAGCAAAGUGCAUGAUUGAUUAUACUUGAGAAUAUAUGGCAUACCCAAUAAAAGGCUUAUUUUAGCAAACAGGAUUAAAGCAUAUCAACCAACAAUUAAUAAAAGGCUUAUUUUAGUCCAGACACCCAAGAAUGAUGGUUUGAUCUUCCAAUGGAAUCGACUCUUAACGGACUAAUAUCAAUACCCACAUACAUAAUUAAUUAAGAUGUGGAAAACCUAUUUUUUCCAUGUCACCAAAUUCUGGGUGCUGAUGUGACUCCGGCCUGUUGCUCAUUUCUCAUUGUGUUCGAGACUAACUUCAUUCACUAUCAGAAGGAAAUGAUGAUCAGAUUAAUCGUGAAAUAGAAUCCUCAGUCCAAAUAGUUAUUUAAUUAAUGAUGAUGACAGCUAGCACGAGCUUUGUCAUUGAUUCUCGAGCAAUACACAAGAGGCACUCUCGUUAUGCCCAAUACAAUCGUUAGAUUUUUGUUUAGAUUUGUUAUUUAUCUGAACUGCUAAUUUAACUAGGAUAAAAUAAAAGUUAGAUUUUUAUAAUAAAUAGAAGUGCAAUUAGCCUAGGAGUCUAUAUAAUUCAACUAGCAUCAGAAUUAGAGCUAUGUUAGAAACCGUGCAUUAUAAAUUGCAUGCUACAGCCCUCUUAAUUAAUUAAAGCCACAUAUAACUAAUUUAAGUGGGAGGUGGUGUUGGUGGUACAAUACGAGAGAUGGCAUCAUCAGGUGCUUUGCGGUAGCAGCAGCCGUCAUGUAUCUUGGACGGAGAGCCGAGCCAUGUGUAAUUUCCUAUCCAUUCAUGAUUUAGAUUUUUUUUUAUUUUUUUAUGGCACUGUGCUAUAGUCUGUAUAUGAUGUAUUUGGAAUUUGGUUUUAAUUGAGAGAUAUUUUUUACUUCUCUUUCAAUGUUAAUAAA